AUGCUACUGAGGUUGUUGCUCGUGGUGACAUUAGUGGUGAUAAAGCGAGCGAGAGGAGUCCCAGCGCCCGCUCGCGUGGCCGACCCCUACUACCUGCUGCGGGAGAUGUAUCAAGGACCAGUUGACAGCGACGAUCCUGCCCUUGUACUAAUCCCGGAAUAUAAGCGGACUUUCAACACAAAAAUCAAAAUCCUAAACACAUGUACAAGGAAACCAAGGACACAAGGCGUGAUAAGCGUCUCAAAUUGGCGAAUAAGAUAUCGAAGGUCGUGGGAGCGUGAGGCCUUGCGGGGCCAGCUCUUAGCCACUAUUGCUCCCAGGUCCAAUUCGACCCAGAGUAGAGCAACUGUCAGGAAGGCAACGGGAAACCACGUGACUGAUCGGGAAAUGGUCCUCAGUCCCGUUUCACUUUUGAGAGCUUACCGGCUGGCUGGCGCGCUCGGAGGAUACGGGUCUGACCGCGUCGACCUCUCCGACCCCGCCUGGCAAGUGGUGUCCCAGCUCCUCGUGCCCGUGGCUGUCAACGGCUUCCAGUCCGCGAACCUCCGACCCGAUGACUACUACUCGCACCGGGAAGAGAGGUCGACGACCCCUUCGGCUGAGACACCACCGUCGCUUCCACUGCCGUCGCCUACGCCGCCUACAGACGUCCCUGUUACUUCUAGGAUUGCACUGACGACGCUCUCCGACGAGCCCAGUCUCCUAUCCAGACCGAUUCCGAUGUCGAUUUUGCAGAGCCUCGGUUUCAAUGGCAGCGCGCAGUUGCUCGUCGAGACACCGACUGAACCACCAGCAGAGGAGAGCGAAGCAGAGCCAACCGCGACGGAAUCACCGAACCCUGGGCAGACAACACAAGCUCUGGCGCCAAAUUCGAAAGAGGAUGAUUUCGAGACGCAGCAGAAGCCAACCGUCGGUGCAGCAGAAGAGCUGCAGGAACCUAGCGAAGGAACUCAUCAGAGCAUUGAGGAAAGCCCUGUUGACACUGAAGACACUGACAUUCCCGUAGAUUAUCCUGUGACAUUGUCAAAGAAUGACACAGACGUGACUACUGACUUCGAUGGUACUACCAUACCCUUCUUUGGUACUACCAUAUCCUAUGACAACAUCAACACCGAGAGCAUAUAUACUGACGUACCUGACAACAGUAGCUCUACUGACUACAGUGACAUGACCACUGAAUAUACUAACGGUCCAGACAUAGCUGCUGGAUUUUCUAACAUACCCAACACAUCCACUGAAUAUACUAAUGCACCCAACAAUACCACUGACUUCAUUAGCAUAGCCGCAGAAUAUACUAACACACCCAGCAUAGCCACAGAAUAUACUGACACAACCAGCAUAGCCACAGAAUAUACUAACACACUCAGCAUAGCCGCAGAAUAUACUGACACAACCAGCAUAGCCACAGAAUAUACUAACACACCCAGCAUAGCCACAGAAUAUACUGACACAACCAGCAUAGCCACAAAAUAUACUAACACACCCAGCAUAGCCACAGCAUAUACUGACACAACCAGCAUAGCCACAGAAUAUACUAACACACUCAGCAUAGCCGCAGAAUAUACUGACACAACCAGCAUAGCCACAGAAUAUACUAACACACCCAGCAUAGCCACAGAAUAUACUGACACAACCAGCAUAGCCACAGAAUAUACUGACACAACCAGCAUAGCCACAGAAUAUACUGACACAACCAGCAUAGCCACAGAAUAUACUGACACAACCAGCAUAGCCACAGAAUAUACUGACACAACCAGCAUAGCCACUGAAUAUACUGACACAACCAGCAUAGCCACAGAAUAUACUGACACAACCAGCAUAGCCACAGAAUAUACUGAUACAACCAGCAUCGUCACUGAAUAUUCUGACACACCCAGUAUGUCCACUGGGUAUACUGACACACCCAGCAUAUCCACUGAAUAUACUGACAUACCCAGAAUAGCCACUGGGUAUACUGAGACACCCAGCAUUGCCACUGAGUAUACUGACACACCCAGCAUAUCCAUUGGGUAUACUGACGCACCCAGCAUAUCCACUGAAUAUACUGACAUACCCAGAAUAGCCACUGAGUAUACUGACACACCCAGCAUAGCCACUGGGUAUACUGACGCACUCAGCAUAGCCACUGAAUAUACUGACAUACCCAGAAUAGCCACUGAGUAUACUGACACACCCAGCAUAGCCACUGGGUAUACUGAUACACCCAGCAUAUCCACUGAAUAUACUGACAUACCCAGCAUAGGCACUGAGUAUACUGACACUCCUAGCAUAUUCACUGAGUAUAUUAACACACCCAGCAUGUCCACUGAAUAUACUGACAUACCCAGAAUAGCCACUGAGUAUACUGACACACCCAGCAUAGCCACUGGGUAUACUGACGCACUCAGCAUAGCCACUGAAUAUACUGACAUACCCAGAAUAGCCACUGAGUAUACUGACACACCCAGCAUAGCCACUAGGUAUACUGAUACACCCAGCAUAUCCACUGAAUAUACUGACAUACCCAGCAUAGGCACUGAGUAUACUGACACUCCUAGCAUAUUCACUGAGUAUAUUAACACACCCAGCAUGUCCACUGGUUAUACUGACACACCCAGCAUAGCCAUUGAAUAUACUGACACAUCCAACAUAGCCACUGAGUAUACUGACAAAUCCAGCAUGUCCACUGGGUAUACUAACACACCCAGCAUGUCCACUGAGUAUACUGACACACCCAGCAUAUCCAAUGAGUAUACUGACACACCCAGCAUAUCCAAUGAGUAUACUGACACACCCAGCAUAUCCACUGAGUAUACUGACACACCCAGCAUAUCCACUGAGUAUACUGGCACACCCAGCAUAUCCACUGAGUAUACUGACACACCCAGCAAAGCCUUAGCCACUGGAGACAUCCCUUCCACCAGCAAAAUGUCUUUUGAUUUACCCAGUACUACCAAUUUCUACACAGAUAUAUCCAUUGAAUUCACUGAUAUAGCCGGUAUUUUCUCCACAAAUGACGAAUACUCUGAAUAUACUGGCGUUACUUAUGAAUAUGACAACACGGCCUAUGACAACACCGUCCUAUCAACUGGCACGACUACAUACAUGACCACAGAAACUGCAAAUAUGAUUCCUCAAACUAACAGCGUCACAGAAAAUUUCAACGUGGUGGCAGAGCAGGCCAGUGUAACCACGGAAGUUCCCAGUCCAUCCGCAGAAAGCACGGUCGUUAUAAAAGACCGUGAUAUGUCCCCAGAAGAAAACUCAAGUGUAAGUGUGAAACACGAGAUAACCAGAGAAAAUGUUGGAACAACUACAGAGGUCUUUACUAUGAUGUCAACAGACUUGCAGGUAUCGACUGACUCUGCAGAAAGGAUUACUGUUCACUCAGAAAUGUUAGAUGUGACCCAUGGCUUUGACACGACUGCUGAAGGCUAUGAUAUAAUCGGUACCUACGAGAUAGAAGCAGAGGUCCCUGAAGUAACAACUCGGCAUGACCACAUGUCCACCAUAAUAGAUGAUUUAACUAUUGAUGACAAUGAUAAGACGACAGAAAACCCAGAGCUACCAACUGACGGCACUGAUAACCCCAUCGCCAACGUAGUUAUAACUACUGGUGUCCUUAUAGAUACCAUGGGUACCUCAACUGAGAAGACUAUACACAGCAUAGUUAGAGGAACUGAUACAUCUGAGGACAAUGCAAUUACCACCGCUGAACCAACCAUGAUCUUAAACACGAUCAGAGACACUCUGACACCCAGCUAUAUAGAAAUGACCACAAAGAACAUAAGUUCAGUAAGUGAAAGCACAAUCUAUACUUCAUACCCAACCGUAGCGUUUCAUCAUCCCAGUGAGUCGAAUAUCUACGCUAACGAAGGAGCCAAAACUCCCAAUGAUGCCAUGACUGAUAAAUCGGUAUCUUUCGCUGAGGUGACCACGCGCCGAGGGCAGACGACCGAGUCCACGGAAUGGGAAGGAGUGCGCGAUGAACAGGAUCUGUUGGGCCAGGGAGAAGGCGCGUUUGGCCAAGAGGAGGAGGAGGAGCCCUUAUUUCAUGCUGUCCUUCCCCCGCCGCCCUCUACGGAAAGGAUCAACCCGGAUGUGUUUGCCAAUCUGUUCUUCCCUGGCAAUCCUCAGGACUCAAGGGCUCCGGCCAAGGGCACCAUCGUCGAUUUGUUCGAUAUCAGAAACCCUCUUCGACCUGCCAUUCGACCGCCUUUCCCCGACCUCUUCGGCCUCGACGGGCCUCUCCUGCGACCUGACCUCCAGCUGGUGUCUUGCGACGACGGGAACAAUGAGUGCAUCCACUGGGCGCGCGGGGGAGGCUGCGCGUGCGCCCCCGGCCGCGCCCGCCGCCAGUGCGAGUGGCAGAUGUACGUCCAGGAAACGUGUCCUCGGUCCUGUGGCCUUUGUCCCUGA